UAGUUUAUUUAUUCUUUCUCUUCAAUUCUAUGAGUUCAUUGUUUAUAAAUUUUGCGACGAUUCUAAAUACCUAAAUCCUAAUACAAUAAAUUGUGCUUGUGCAUUUUUUUAUUUAAACAUGUGUACACAUUUGUUGAAAAUGUAAUUUACUAUCUAUAAAAAGCAUAAUUGUAUAAAUUUAUUGAUGCCAAAAUGAGUAAUUCGAGCACUGAGAUUACAAGCGAGUGUACAUCUGAUACUGCCCAACUAAUCAGUAAUGAUGAGGCUAGUACUUCAAAUUGUGCACAGUUGAACCAGACAACAGAUAUCCAGGAAUCAGAGGAAGAUGACUUACAAGGCAGUCACGGAGUUAGACGCAGACAGCCUGUACAAAAAAUUGAACCUGGGUCAAUGAAUAUUUUAUCAGCAAAAUAUGAGAGUUUAGAUUAUGAUACCUGUGAAAAUCAUUUGCUUCUUGAUGAAGAGAGAAAACGAGGAUAUGCAUUUGUUAUAUGGAAGGAUAUAGCAAGAUGGUUUAUAGUGUUACUAAUAGGAGUAAUAACAGCCCUUAUUGCAUUCAUAAUUGACAUUUGUAUUGAAGAAUUCUCAAAUAUUAAAUAUGAACAACUUAAGAAGUCUGUAGACAAAUAUGUACUGCUAGAUGAACUGUAUAUUCCAUAUUUGUUGUGGGUUUUGUCCAACAUCUCUAUUGUAUUUGUUGGAUCUAUGCUUGUUGCUUAUAUUGAGCCUGUCGCAGGAGGCAGUGGUAUACCUCAAGUGAAGUGUUAUCUCAAUGGAGUUAAAAUCCCAAGGGUUGUAAGAAUCAAAACUCUAUUUGUUAAAGCUGUUGGGGUUAUAUGUGCUGUUGUGGGUGGACUAGCUGGAGGAAAGGAAGGUCCUAUGAUUCACUGUGGAGCAGUCGUAGCAGCAGGUAUAUCUCAGGGCAAGAGUACAACAUUCAAUAAGGACUUCAAGGUAUUUCAGUAUUUUCGUGAGGAUCACGAAAAACGAGAUUUUGUGUCUGGAGGCGCUGCGGCUGGAGUCUCCGCUGCGUUUGGAGCACCUAUUGGUGGCGUACUAUUUUCCCUCGAAGAAGGCACCAGUUUUUGGAACCAGGCCCUAACAUGGCGGACAUUUUUUGGUACAGUAGUGUCUACAUUUACUCUAAAUUUUGCGCUAUCUGCCUAUCAUGGUCAUCCCGGAGACUUAAGUUAUCCAGGUCUCCUGAAUCUCGGAAAAAUGGAGCCUUUUCCAUUUCAAAUCUACGAAUUGCCGGUGUUUAUAAUAUUUGGUGUAAUCGGAGGUUUAUUGGGCGCCCUCUGGAAUUAUAUUAACUUUAAAUUGGCUGUUUUUAGAUUAAGGUAUGUAGGUGAGCCAUGGUUACGCGUAGUCGAAGCUUGUCUGGUGGCAGCUGUCAGUGCCACCUGCGGCUUCCUCAUGAUGUUCCUUCUAAAUGACUGUCGGCCUUUGGGAGAGGAUCCCACAAAGGUGCCUCUGCAGUUAUUCUGUGCGGACGGUGAAUACAACGCAAUGGCUGCGGUGUGGUUCCAAACCCCAGAGGCGUCCGUUAGGUCCUUCCUUCACGAUCCCAUGGGUUCCUACAAACCAGGAUCCCUAGUGAUCUUCGUGGUCUCGUACUUCCUACUUUCCACCUGGACUUUUGGAUUAGCAGUCCCCAGUGGUCUUUUUAUACCGAAUUUACUGACUGGUGCCGCUUGGGGGAGGUUGAUGGCUAUUUGGAUUCAAUAUGCGAUACCGUCUAUGAGUAUAAACCCAGCAAAAUACGCUUUAAUCGGUGCAGCCGCUCAACUAGGCGGUGUUGUACGGAUGACAAUCUCCCUGACAGUCAUUAUUAUUGAGACAACGGGACAGAUAUCGAACGCUCUGCCCAUUAUCGUCACUCUGGUAGUCGCUAAGUGGAUCGGGGAUUUCUUCAAUGAGGGUAUCUACGACACCUUGAUUCAGUUAGCGGGGGUCCCACUUCUCCCUUGGGAACCCCCUCCACUAGCACACAAUAUUUAUGCGUCCGAAGUAAUGUCACAUCCGGUUUUCACCCUUCGGACGGUGGAGAAUGUCGGACAUAUUGUGGAAAUGCUUAAAGUUGUUACGUACAGUGGCUUCCCGGUUGUCGAUCCGCCGCUGGCUGAUGAGAAUGAAGUUACAACAUACAAGCGAUUGCGUGGUAUGAUUCUUCGUUCUCAGUUAAUAGUUCUAAUACAGAACAAAAUAUAUAAUGAAAAUGCCAACACUACGUGGUCAAAUCUUAAGGUCGACAUGAAUAUGUUCAGGAAGGAGUAUCCGAGAUAUCCAUCUAUAGAAGAGCUAGAUAUAUCCGAUUGGGAAUUGACAUGUACAAUAGAUCUUCGUCCGUUCAUGAAUCCGUCUCCAUACACUUUACCACACCGAGCCUCCCUGCCUCGCCUGUUUAGACUUUUUAGGGCGUUAGGCCUUAGACAUUUGCCUAUUGUCAACGACGUCAAUGAGGUAGUAGGAAUGGUCACCCGUAAAGAUAUAGCAAGGUACAGAGUGUGGAGACAUAGAGGACACAUGGGAAUGGAGGAAUUAUUAUUGUCAAGUGAAAUAUAACAUUCAUGCCCCAACAUAUUUAAUAACAGACAAUAAUAUAUAUCUAAUUAUUUUUAGGAUUAAAACUUGAGUCAUCAUAAUAUUUCCCAAUUUAGUUUGAAUUGUUAAUGUUUUGUUAAUUAUUGAUAGUCACAUUACUAAAAGACACAGUUACUUCAUAUUAUCUUAGCAGUAAUAGUUAUACUUGUAUUUUAUUUGAAUUGCUCAAGAUGUAAACUCUCAAAAUACAGUUUAAUAUGUUAUGUAUAUCUUAUUAUAUACACUAUGAAAAGAUGUAACAAGAGUUAAAGAUUUAUAUACAUUCCUGUAAUAAGGACCUUGUCAAAUGAAAUUGGUUUUGUGUUUUAAAGUUCAUGCUUGGUUCGGCAAGUAAAUUUCAAGAUUAGCCAAAUAAUUUUACAUAAAAAAUCACUUGCAUUUUUCAUUAAUUACAAAUCAUAUUCACUAGAUGCCUCAUCCAACUGUGAUACUAAAAGUAUGUAGCAAUGGCUGAUAUAACAUCAGAAGUAAAUUAUUUUUUUACUAAUUAACAAUAUACUUGAAACCAAAGACACUACUUAUCCUAAAAUGCUACAACUUUUGUGAUAGAAUCAUUUAUUAUAUUAUUUGUGCUUACAUAAUUUUGGGCAGAAAAAUGUAACAA